UUCGUCAUUGGAAUUAUAAAUUAAUAAAUUAUUAUUAUUUUACAGGUGGGGUUCUUCGUAUACCAGUACGCAAAGCUACGUAUGCUGCAAUUCUAUUAUGACUGUCUAGUAUAAGUAUAUUGAUAAAAGUGAUUUUGAGUUUUGUGAGAUGGACACAGACAGCGCAUACCUUGCGAUCAGUGCAGAAAGUAUUGAUGAUAUAAUUAAGCCUGAAAUGCAAGACGAGUACGAGUCAGACAAAUGUGAUUGGUUUCCACGUACGGACACGGUCGGGUAUGCUAAUUAUGACAAGGGAACACCAGGUUUAUUUAAAGUUGAAUGGGAGGGAUCGGGUAUAGUUAGUCUAUGUAGUAAGACGUAUUAUUGUUUUGUUUUUUUUUGGGGGGGGGGGGGGGGGAAAGAUAAAUAUAGCUGCAAGGGUGUAAAUAAGAAAAAUAAUGUAAUUAAUAAAGAUAAAUAUUUAGAUGUGCUUUUAAGUAAACGUAGUGGGUCGGGUGUAAAUAGGGGUUUUAGGGUUUUAAAUAAUACUAUGUGUUCAUAUGUUCAAGUUAAAAACGCUUUUAGUUAUUUUUAUCCAAAACGUAAAGUUUUGGAGGACGGUGCGUCGACGAUUCCUUUAGAUAUUUAGUUUGUAAAUAGUCGAUAUAUCUUUUUCAAAACAUGUUGUGUAUUUCUCUCGGCCAUCCCCCUCUCCCAUGCAGAGUUUCAGGGACAAAAUAAGUCCCGCACGGGACAAACAGUCCCCCAGGGACACUUUGAGCGUUUUCGGGACUUCCGGGACAAAAAAGUCUCGUGCGGGACAUUUAUAUAAGAGACGGGAGUCAGGUAAGGUCUUUAUUCUACAUCAUGCCUCGAAAGCGUAAAGACUGUCCGAUUUGUGGUAAGAACGAUUUGUUGAAAUUAUCUAACCAUUUAGCAGGUGUUCAUGAACUUUCCGCCACACAAAGACAACCU